CUAGAAGAUAUCAGAACAUGGAUGAUUGCGGUUAUAGCCGUGACUACCUGUGUUGUAGUUAAAAUAGCUCACAGUAGCUAUACUCAAACUGCGUGAGCUCACAGCGCAGCUUGCUAACUAGUAGCUAGCUGGCUAACUGGAACGGUUACGAAGCUAAGUUUUUGUUUAAUUAGCUACGUGAUGUUUAUGUUAAACUGGUGGUUGGUUUGUGAUUCGCUUUAAAUUACUUCGGUUUAUUUGUCCUUUAACUGACCAGCAGGCAUCCUGUCAAUGCAGAUAUAGUCGCUGCUAACGUUAGCCAGGAAACUAUUUCAUGUUGUUGUCGUCAGUGUUGUUGAUGUCCUGCGGCAGCAACAGUCUCUGGUAGCUAAGAUGUGACUUCUUAUCGAUAUGUCAUUAUAUAUAUCUUAUAGAUAUAUCGAUAUGUCCUAAUUCUGGCCAUAUUCAAUGCUUAAUGACAGCUAACGGUUAACUUAGUUAAAAACUCAAUUCGAUUAUUUCACCUCGCCGACGCGUUAAAGCUAAUAAUUAAUGAGAUGUCCAUACAGUGUGUACAGCACUGAAUGGUUGCCUGCCUGUGAGCUGUGAUUUAACACACCCGCGAAGAUGCCUGCAGUUUCCACCGAGGUGAAGGAGCUGUAUCUGUCCACAUCUCUGGGUGACCUGAAUAAGAAGGCUGAAAUUAAGCCAGACAAGAUAAGCACCAGAAACUAUGUUCAGAGUGCCUGUAAAAUCUUCAAGGCGGCAGAGGAGUGCCGUCUGGACAGAGAUGAGGAGAAAGCUUAUGUACUUUACAUGAAGUAUUUAACAGUAUAUGACCUCAUCAAGAAAAGACCAGACUUCAGGCAGCAACCGGAGUAUUACAUGACCAUGCUCGGGACAACUAGCUUUAAAAGAGCCAUUGAAGAAGCAGAGAAGCUCUCUGAAAGCCUUAAACUCAGGUAUGAGGAAGUCGAGGUUCGGAAAAAGCUGGAGGAGAAGGAGAGACAAGAGGAGAAGAAAAGGAGGGAGGAAAUAACUGAGAAAGAUGGUGGUCGAAGCUCUCCCAAGGUAUCAUCAGCAAACAAGAAGGACAGCAAAAAGGUAAAAGGAGAGCAGAAUGAGUUGAAAAAUACUUCAAAAGCAGCGGUACCGCCCGGUGGCAUCACAGCUGAGAAACUUUUCCAUAUGAUGAAGGACCAGACGAUUACAAUGAUUGUAAUGGAUGCGCGAAGCCACGGGGACUUCGAGGAGUCUCACAUUCACGUCCCGGCUCAGACCUGCAUCAGCGUGCCUGAGGAGGCCAUCAGCCCAGGAAUCACUGUGAAUCAAAUUGAGGCAAAGCUGCCAGAGGUGUCCAAAGAGCAGUGGAGGCGGCGGGGCUUUGUGGAUUAUAUAGUCCUGCUAGACUGGUUUAGUUCUGUUACAGACCUUACAAUGGGCACUACCUUGCAGAGCCUCAAAGAUGCCCUCUAUAAGUGGGACAGCAUCACCAUCCUGCGUAGUGAGCCAAUGGUGCUGGAGGGGGGCUACGAGAACUGGCUACUGUUUUACCCCAUGUACACAACCAACGCUAAAGUUCGGCCCCCUAGACAGAACAUUACCAGCACCCUCCCUCAGUUAAACUUCAGUUACCCAUCUCUUGAGGAACCAAAGCCUCCGACCCCGCCUCCACCAGAGCCUGAGGUUAAACCUGAGCCGCAGGAACUCUCAGCUCCUCUGUUGGUGAACGGAGUUGCUCCAACAGAAGUCCCCACACCUACAAUGUCUGUGGUUGCCGACAGAUUACCGGACACUGUCGAUUCCUCUGUCUCAGGCUCCACAAAUUCUGGGCAGGACCUAAAUAAAAGGGGACCUGCGGCAGGUACAUCUAGCCAGCCAGCUUCCACAGCCAAGGCCUUCCCACAGUUUGACCGUACCAAGAAACCCUCUGUGCGAGUGUCAGAUGAGCCGAAACCCAGCCAGAAUGGGUCAGACAAGGACAGCACCCAGAACGGCCCAUUUGUCCCCAACCGCUCCGUCAAACCAUCCUUCAACCCCAGCACUUCUCUGUCUAAAGAAGAACAGAGUCGGAUACACUCUGAGGCGGUGGCAGUGAUGGAGAAGGCACGACAAGAACAGGAAAAACGCACCCAAGAGCGGCGUCUAGAGGAGGAGAGACGGGAGAGGGAACAGAAGGAGAGGGAUUUGAAGGACAGGGAAGAAAGUGAGAAGAGGAAGAAGGAAGAGGAGGAGAAAAGACAUCAGGAGAAAAAGAGGCUGGAGAGGCAGAAGGCAGAAGAAGAGGAGGACAAAGAGAACAGGGUGUGGGAUGAGAAAGAGAGGAAGGGAAAAGAGCAGAGCUCUGACACACCCUCAAAGAGUAUGUCGUUGGACUCGCCUGCUCCCAACCAUACUGUCAGUGAAAUAAAAAGGGAGCCCCUGACCAGAGCAAGAAGUGAGGAGAUGGGUAGGAGCGUACCAGGCCUGCCAGACGGUUGGAUGAAGUUCCUGGACACCGUGACAGGGACUUACAGAUACUACCAUUCCCCAACCAACCGCGUCCACCUGUACCCUCCUGAGGUCACUGUUCCUCAGACCCCACCCUCCACACCGCCAACAGUCAAACAGAAGCAGCCACGACCAGCUGAGCCUGACCCCAACCGCGAACGAGAGCAGGAACAGUCCAAAUUAAAACGCUCCUACUCCUCCCCCGAUAUCAGCCAGGACCUGAGAGACGAGGCCCAGAAGAAGGCCACCGCCCCAACCACUGCUGCUACCAUACCAACCAUCAACAGAGAGACCAAACCUCCCAGUACUAAAGUCUAUUCUAAAGUGGAGAUUGCACGACCUUCGGCUGCUAAAAUCCGCAACCUGAAUCCUACAUUCGGAGGCCUGGGUGCAUCCUUCACUGGCCUCCGUAACCUCGGCAACACAUGCUACAUGAACUCCAUCUUACAGUGUCUGUGUAACACUCCUGCCAUGGCUGAUUACUUCAACAGCAAUUAUUACCUGGACGACAUCAACAGGUCCAACAUCCUCGGCCAUAAAGGGGAAGUGGCGGAAGAAUUUGGUGUGAUCAUGAAGGCGCUUUGGGCCGGUCUGUACAAGUGCAUCAGUCCGCGGGACUUCAAAAUCACCAUAGGGAAGAUCAAUGAGCAGUUUGCUGGUUAUGAUCAGCAAGACUCUCAGGAGCUGCUGCUGUUCCUGAUGGAUGGGCUCCAUGAGGACCUCAACAAGGCGGACAACAGGAAGCGGUACAAGGAGGAGGAAAAUGACCAUCUGGAUGAUCAGACGGCAGCAGACGUCGCUUGGAGCAAACACAAGCUGCUGAACGAGUCCAUCAUCGUAGCGCUGUUUCAGGGGCAGUUCAAGUCCACCGUGCAGUGUAUGACCUGCCACCGUAAGUCCCGGACCUUUGAGACCUUCAUGUAUCUGUCACUGCCUCUGGCCUCCACCAGCAAGUGCUCCCUGCAGGAUUGUCUGAGGCUGUUCUCCAAGGAGGAGAAGCUGACGGACAACAACAAGGUGUUCUGCAGACACUGCAAAGCUCACAGAGAUUCCACCAAGAAACUGGAGAUCUGGAAGGUCCCUCCCAUUGUCCUUGUGCAUCUGAAACGCUUCUCCUAUGAGGGCCGAUGGAAGCAGAAGCUGCAGACCUAUGUGGACUUCCCUCUAGACAGUCUGGAUCUGGCCCAGUAUGUCAUUGGACCCAAGCAGAACCUGAAGAGAUACAACCUUUAUGGAGUUUCUAACCACUAUGGGGGCUUAGAUGGCGGCCAUUACACAGCCUACUGUAAGAACAGCAUCAAACAGCGCUGGUACAAGUUCGAUGACCACGAGGUGUCCGAAAUCUCCACCUCUUCCGUCAAGUCCUCCGCGGCCUACAUCUUGUUUUACUCCUCCCUGUGACGGAGCUGCAGGACACAAAAGAGAGAGAAAACACUACAACAGAGCAGUGACGCUCAAGCCUAGAGGUUGUUUUUUUUUUUCCUUUUUAAGAUCACAGCUCUGAGGACCUGGUGCACGGAGUUGCGGGUUGACUAGAGGGUGCACGCGAGGAACGCACUCGAGCAGGUGGCUGUGAAAAUCCUGUCUGUCCUAGAUGGGAGAGAGGAGAGGUGCAGGCACACUGUGCAAUGCUUCAGCUACUAGAGGACCCUAUAGCUGUUAAAACAUGCCGUCUGUUCAUAUUACUGAUCAUCUAGAGACUAAACAGAUGCUCCUUUCACUCUGACACUACCUUCGAUGGCUGUGUUGUAGGGCUGACAGCUGGUUCAGAUGCUCUUCACCCUCAUUUCUGUUGUGCUCAGCGUGGAUGGCCGUAUAGCAGAAGUGAUCCUCAGCUUUCUCGUACUGUGUAUACACCGGGGUUAACAGUUAGACGGCAUGUACAUACUUACAGAUGCUGAUGUUGCACAUUCAAAAUGUAAAUAUUCAAGGGCAAAGUGUUUAUCUGUUAAGUGACCAAAUUUUUUUUUUUUUUUCCUUGAAAGUAGCAGCCAUUAUAGUAUCACCACAUUCAUGAAGACAAACCAUGUGUUUUAAGGGUUAAAUUCUAUAGCCUUCUAAUGUUUAAUAUGAUCUUUAAUCACAUGGAAAAGGCUGUGAGCGUUGAAUUUUGCGUAUUUCCUAAAGGGAAGUGGGAACUGAUUGUUGCUUGUUCAUAUUAGCCACAUUCUUGCACUUACACAAUAUGCAAUCAGUUUAAGUUUUUUUUUUGUAAUGUAGAACGCAUCAUUUAACUGCAUACAUUAAUACUCGACUCAGAAUGCUUUAAAAACGAUAUCGAUGCUGAGAUCUUGUUCGUCUUUCUCGGUCCAGCCAGUGCGGAUGCUACCUGCUUCUAUAAAGUCGGUUGUAGGAUUUAAAACACACUUAAUUAUUGACUUUAUAUCUCCAGUGCAAACAAAAAAAAACUAUUUAGAGGACAAAUAACUGGCAUCUUUUCUUGGCUUUUAACAACGAUGUUGGUUUUUUUUUGAAAAAGUAGGUCUCAAGGAGGCCGAAAUUUAGAUUUAUCUGAUUAAUUUUACUUCUGUGUUCAGUACUGACCCAGGAUGAUAUGAAUAUGUGAGAAAUUGACCUUAUUCUCUUUCACAAGUGUGUUAAUGUCAACACUUACUGCCUGCCUGACUGACCGACUGACCAACGAGAGCAAGCACAAAGUAUACUCACAUUUUUCCUGAAUGGACCAGAGAUCUGAAGUGGCAGGAUUUGACUCUACUUCCUGAGUAGUUUUCUUGCCCAGCAUGAGAUUAGGAACUUUUAUUUUCUUGUACAUGUUGAUUUUAUUUCUUAACGCUCUAAAAAUUGUUUCAGAUAUAACAAAUAUAUUAACCUUAUCAACUCAUGACUAUUUAUUAAAACUGCUUCAAAUUAG